AACAAACAACAAAAGCAUCCGCAACGCACCUCUCACUGAAUGGUAGCGUCCGGUUCGGUCCUGGGGAAACAGUUGCGGUAGUUAUCAACUGGCAAAGCUCGACGCUACGGUAUGCUGCUACCGGCUGCUGCCACCAGCCGUUAAGCGAGAGAAAGAGAGAGUGAAAGACACCACGGUGGCGUUUGGCGGGACGUGUGUAUUGGUGUACAGUCGCCGUUAAACCCGCGGAUGAAUCAUUCGGGCGUUAGUACGUGUGCCUUGUGUCAGCGACGACGACGACGACAGCGGGCCGCAGCAACCACCAGCGAGAACUGUUGCCUGGACCAACAUCCGUCUACGCAUCCGCCCCGGCGAUCGUCGCGCCCGGAAGAAGGAUAGCGAACGUCCAAACUGGGCCAUAUUGGAGCAUUGGAAGCAUCCUGCAUGUUGCUGCGCAUCCCCUGUCCGUCCUCCUUCAUCCCAGGGCCAUUCGCAAACUUCUCGGUUACACGCGCGCGCUAAGUGCACCCAGUGGUGGUCCCUACUAAGACGCGUGCUGCAUCGAACGAACGGUGGCAAGGGGCAAAAUAAUACGGUGAACUCCGGGUGUCGGCACGACGGGUCCGGUGAUCGCGAUCUCGCGCUUCGUCUGUGCAUUAUUCGGUGACGAUGAGGGACCACAGUGCCGUUGCGGCGUCCUCGGCGUACGACGAUAGCUCGCAGCAGUACGACAGCGACAGUAACAGCAGCACCGGUGGCGCCAGCCACAACAGUCAACACAGCAACGACGCGGACACCGCGGACGGUAGCAGCAGCAACGUCAGCAAUCAAGCCACCGCCACCAGUGACGGUGCCGGUCCGGGGGCUGGCCCCGCCAAUGCGGCACCGGCGGUCACCACCGCUGCCAGCCCCGGACGCCAGCCAAAAACGCUCGAUCUGUCGAUCAGUGCCGCCACCGCCAACGCCAGCGUAGCGCUCACCAGCCUGCUCCUGACGCACGCAUUCGCACCAUUCGAGGCCAUCGGGGUGCACAGUGGCGUACCGACGCGCACCACACCGACACUGACACCGACGACGCUGAAGAACAUCGAGCAGAGCAUCAUGGGGCUGACGAGUGACAACCAGAUCAACCUGCCGUACCAGGCGGGCUUCGUGCCACCGCCGUUCCCGCUGGAGGAGCUGAGCCAGGAUCGGGAAGCGAGCCAGGAGUCGUUCAGCUCGACGUCGAACGCGUCGUGGGCGGUGUCCGGUUCCGGGCACGGGUACGGUGCCGAUGACGUCGACUCCAAGUCGUCCACCUCGACGCUCGAUCCACCACUGUCCACGAACUCGUCGUCGAACGCUCGGGGGGCCAGCGGUCAGCGGUAUGGUGCUGUUACCGGUGCCACCGGGCGUCCAUCCUCGGCCAUCGGUGUGGAUGCUACCGUAGGAGGAGGAGGAGGAGGAGGAGGAGGGGCAGGCGGCGUUGCAGUAGGAGCUGCCUCAGUCGCAGCCCCUGCGUCCGCUUCGGGCGGGCGCACCCGUCGCAACGUUGGUGGCCGCCGUCCCCACAAGCCCUCGAAUCUGUCGCCGGAGGAGGAGGAGAAGCGGCGCAUCAGGCGCGAGCGUAACAAGCAGGCGGCGGCCCGUUGCCGGCGGCGCCGCGAAGACCACACCAACGAGCUGGUGGAUGAGACCGACCAGCUGGAAAAGCAGAACCAACAGCUGCACCAGGAGGUCCAGUCGCUGAAGCAGGAGGUGCAGCAACUCGAGCGGAUCAUGGACUCGCACCGGGACCAACCGUGCCAGCUGCGGAAUCGGCGCACUGGCACCACCGGUGCUGCCGCCGGUGCUGGUGGUGGUAACAGCAACGCCGUACCAGCGGUCCCACCCGGUGAACAGCAACCGCCGCCGGUGGUUCUUCCCGCCGCCGGUGGUAAUGGUGGGCUCGCCAGCAAUCCGGCGACCCUACUGUUGCCCCUGAUCAAAACGGAACCGGAAGAGGAUCUCGCGGACAUUCCGCAGCACCACCAGCAGCCACAGGACGAUCAGCAGGAUGCCUACAUUGCUCGCGGUGCACCGCCGAUGAAGAAGAUAAAGAUACCGCCGAACCAAAGCGACAGCCUGGAAACGCCAACCCCGACCACCGUUUUUCCGCCACACUCGCUGCUCAGUCCGGGGCUGACCGGGGUCAAGCUGAGUGGCGGCGCAGCCAGCAAUAAUGGCAGUGGAACCGGACGUCGUCCCGAUCGUCCGCGUAGUCUGCUGAUCGGUACCGCCGCCGGCAUGCUCAACAGCAAUGGCCAUUCGGCGUUGGCCGGUAGUGGUGCUGGUGGGGUUGCUGCCGCUGCUGCGGCUGCUGCUGCGGUGGCGGCGGUUGGGGGUGGCCUUUCCACACCCUCGAACGGGCUCUUCAACUUCGACAGCCUGAUGGAGGGUGGCACCGGGCUGACGCCGAUCGCGGCCCCGAUCAGCUUCCCGCCAAACCGGAACCCGCUCGAGCUUAUCACACCGACCUCGACCGAUUCGUCCAAGCUGUGCAGCCUCUAAGAAAGAAGCGAGCGAGCGAACGACGACCGAUGUGCUCAACCGAAAGCCCACCCCGACCCCCCUCUCUCUCUCUCUCUCUCUCUGUCUCUCCGGCGCCGCAUCAGUCCACGCCCUCUCUCGACAUAUUCUAAACGCAAUACGCGAGGCUCCAGUUGGGGUCUGUGCCUUGCCCGCUCCGUAUUCCUGUUGACUCUUUGUCCCGUUCCAUUUUUGUAGUGUUUACCAGCAGCCCCCAACCUUCUCUCUGUAACUCUUUCUCUCAUCAUACAGUCGUUGUACAGCGGAGGUACAGAUGGAGACACAGAGAAAAAGAAACAGGAAUAGCGAUAAGAAACGAAAGAGAGCGAGAGUGAGAGAGAGAGGGCAAAUGAGGGACUCGGAUUUUUAUCUCAUUCACAUCCGUUUGGGGACGGUGUUUGGGGAUUUUUUUUCCCCAUUCUCGAGUUUUAACAAAAAAAAACAAUUAUUUUUGUUUCGGCAAUUAGCGGUUAAGCAAUGAGGAAAAACGAAUGAGAGAAAAAGAGAUAGAGAGAGAGAGAGCAAAGCGGCGGUGUAGUGAGGGUCAUUCGAUAGGAUAGUCCUAGUGCGAAGCCGGUGAGGAAGAAGGGAAUCGGAGGGGAACCAGGAUCCAUUCCAAACGUUCUCCUUCCGCCACUUCACCCCGCCUGGUGCUUUCCAAAGCAACCAACAGUGAUUUGAUAAGCAAGCAGGAGUUGUAAGGUGUAGUGGCCCGCCAAACAGGUGAACCAGAAGACAGCGCAACAGGCGCCGUAGCACGUACACCACCACCACCAACCCCAAACUCGACGCUAGCAGGAGCCCAACACACGGGCCACCGGUUAGGCGAGUCGUAGCAGUAGUAAACUACUUGUCAGCGAAAACCGCAACCGCAACAAGCGCUACCAGAAAUAAACUAUUUACUGAUUUUACUUACUCAA